GGCUGCGGAAGCGCGGCGAGACGGGCAGCGGCCGAGGAGGAAGCUGAGGGAGACGGCAGGAGCUGCAGGGCCCGCGGGGUCGGCCAGGCGGGGAGGACGCCAUGGGCCGCCUGCACUGCACGCAAGACCCCGUGCCGGAGGCUGUGGGCGGCGACAUGCAGCAGCUGAACCAGUUGGACGUGCAGCAGUUCUCAGCCCUGACGGAAGUGCUUUUUCACUUCCUAACUGAGCCAAAAGAGGUAGAAAGGUUUAUGGCUCAGCUCUCUGAAUUUGCCACGGCCAAUCAGAUCAGUCUUGGCCCCCUCAGAAGCAUUGUGAAAAGCCUCCUCCUGGUUCCAAAUGGUGCCUUGAAGAAGAGUCUCACAGCCGAGCAGGUCCGGGCUGAUUUCAUAACUUUGGGUCUUAGUGAAGAGAAAGCCACUUACUUUUCUGAAAAGUGGAAGCAGAAUGCCCCCACCCUUGCUCGAUGGGCCAUAGGCCAGACUCUGAUGAUUAACCAGCUUGUAGAUAUGGAGUGGAAAUUUGGAGUGACUUCUGGGAGCAGCGAACUAGAAAAAGUGGGAAGUAUUUUUUUACAAUUAAAGUUGGUGGUUAAAAGAGGAAAUCAAACUGAAAACUUAUAUAUAGAAUUAACCUUGCCUCAGUUCUACAGCUUCCUGCACGAGAUGGAGCGAGUCAGAACCAGCAUGGAGUGUUUCAGCUGAUUUCUGUUCCCCUGCAUCUCCACCUUGCCCUGUCCGGUGCUGCCUUCUCUCCUGUGGGUGACUGCUCUGAGAAGCACCUCACUCACAGGCCUGUGGGACACUGAUUGGGCCCUGCUUGCUUCUUGGGAGCCCAGGUGCAAAGGUUUCUGAAAAACAACAGGAUUAAGUACUUAAGGAGCACUACACAAUUACCCUGUAAACUCUUUGUUAAGGGAACCUCCACCACCUAUCUCCCAGGACACUUGUUAGACAUUCAAAAAGGCUCCUGCAUCUCAGAUUCAGGGAGGAAACAAGUGAGUCACCUCCCCACCAAAGUUCCAGGGUAAACAAAUGGUGCUAUCACUAAAGAUACACACUUAUCUCCCUCAUCCUCCAAAAGCCAGGACUUGUUUAUGACUGAGGAAGAGGCUGACUCUUAUGAAUGGCAUGUGGGGAGCAUCCAACAAGAUUUGUACACUUUAUAGUUGUGGUGGUGGUGCAUUGCUAAUCAGUUUUUAAUGGGGCAUCAAUUUAUAAAAACAUGUUUGGUCUACUCUGAAAAGAACUGAGGCUGAACUGUCUUCAUUCCGGGUUUUGCCAUAUUGUGUUACAAUGCAGCAGGCCUUUGGGGAGCCCGUUAUAGCUUGUUUGGGUUCAAGCUGACCACCUCUGUUGUUUAGAUGAUUAAUAAAAAUGGAUACAAAGAAAAA